GCACUGUGGACUGUUAACGGUGACUAAGCGCUGGGGGUGGUGGGGCGGUGGGGUGGUUGUGAAGUUGUGCGCAGAUGGUCCAGGUGUACAAAACCGUUUUUGGCAUUCAGUUCUUCCGUCACGCUACAGGCAACACAGGCGCGCGCCCGUCCUUAUCGCGGUUAAAUAUUUGGUGAGAGCGCGUGACUGCAUGCCAUUUUUUGGUUUUGUUUGUUUAGCUGCACCAAAACCCCCAGUGCUCGGCUUCGUCCGGCCAUCUCUGACCUUCUCUCGCCCGCGAUGGACUGCGCGGAGCAGCUCAGCUCGAACGGCACCGUGCGCAGUCUGGGCGCCAUCGUGGUGCUGGAGGAGCUCGUGAGCGCCGCCAGUCUGCUCUCGCUGCUCCUGAACGCGGCGGCCGUGGCGCUGGUGCUGACGCGCGAGCGCCCUUACCGCGGGCCCUUCACCGCGCUGCUGUGCAGCCUCGCGCUCUCGGACGCCCUCACGAGCUCCACGUCGGUGUACGUGAGUGUGCGCACGGCACUGAACCCCGCCAACUCGGUGAUCGCCACGGACGUGCCGCUGCCCCUUUACGCGCUGCUGACCACAGGCGUCCUGUCGGGCACUUACGGCGUGCUGGCCAUCGGCGUGGAGCGCCACCUGGCGGUGCGCGGCGUGUGCAAGCGGCGCGUCCAGCUGAAGAGCAGGGUUCUGAAGGUGUUAGGCCUGUGCUGGACGCUGGCGGUGCUCGUGGGCAGUUUGCCCCUCUUCGGCUGGAACUGCGCGGACAGUGGAGUCGCUUCGACGCUCUACGGCCCGCUGUGCAUCAACUACCUGCUCUUUGUGGUGGUCCCCAACACCAUCGUGGUCUUCGCGGUUCUCUCGGUGACCUACGUGGCCGUGAUCGUGAAGCUGAGGGAGCUGAACUCCAGCAGCGCUAGCAGCGCGCGCGCCGAGACGCGCGUGACCAGGACUGCGUGGAUCAUCUGGGGCUUGGCCCUGGUGGCCUACACGCCCUUCCUGGCCGGAGUGCUGUGGGACGCGUCCCACAACUCGUGCCCCGAGAAGCUGAAGACCAGCGUGAUCGUUUUCAAGAACGUGGCGUACGCCUUCCUCGUGCUCAACUCCAUCGGGAACCCCAUCGUGUACACGUUCAACUGCCCGGACAUCUGGCGCCUGGCGAGAUGGAGCUGCUGGAGGAGGAGGAGGAGGAGGAGGACGAACAGGGUGACCGCGUGUGUCAACACUGUAACAGACACGCGCCUGUUUUAGACUGAAUUUGUGGAAAAUAAUAGCCUCGUACAGGCUCUGCUCUCUUUCACUGGACAUGACUCGUCUCUACGGUCCAUUUCACCGUACUAGUUGAAUCUGCUGCCCCACAGUAACAAAAUAUAUGUUCAGACUGUGGAUAUAUACAUGGAAUAUAGUCCAAUAUGUAAAAAAUCAUUAUUUAUUGGGUACUGUAUAGCGGGAGGUGCCUGUCCCAAACCCGAACUCCUAAAUCUCAACUAGCAAAAUAAAUCCUUUUUUUUUAGAUCUUUUUACUUGCCUUAAAAUGAAAGACUGAGAUUUAACAUAAGUUUAAUUCUGAAUAGAAAAGCUAAAAAUUGUUGUCCCAUGUUGUGUCACUAUGGAAACACAGAGUUUUAGGCCCAAUCCCGUUUCUUAUUUUUACUCCUACCCCUUGUUUUCAAGUGUCAAGUUAGAAGGGGUACUGAUUGAAAUCUUCCCCUACGGAAUGGGACAGGCUGGUGGCUAGCGGGGCUCUGGAGGUGACCCUUCCAGUCUGGAGUGAUAGCAGAGGAGGGUGACGUUCAGCUCCUCGCUGCUGGGCUUUAGUUACAUUUAGGGCAUCAUAUGCCUUCACAAAGAGGGGGGUGUGAUUAUUUAUUAUCACCCACCCCUAAUUCUUCAG